AUGACUGAGGAGUAUGUUUUGCGGUGCGUCCUGAUGCUCUGCUGUGCGCUCCUCUCCGCCAACGCAAGUAACUGGCUGUACCUGGCCAAGCUGUCGUCAGUGGGAAGCAUCAGGGAUGAGGAGACGUGUGAGAGGUUACGAGGCCUCAUCCAGAGACAGGUCCAGAUCUGUAAGCGCAGUGUGGAGGUGAUGGAUGCGGUGCGUCGUGGAGCCCAGCUGGCUAUAGACGAGUGUCAGUUCCAGUUUCGCAACCGUCGAUGGAACUGCUCCACUCUGGAGAACAUGCCUGUGUUUGGCAAAGUGGUCACCCAGGGCACCCGUGAGGCAGCCUUUGUAUAUGCCAUCUCAGCAGCCAGUGUGGCGUUUGCGGUCACAAGGGCCUGCAGCAGCGGAGAGCUGGAAAAAUGUGGCUGCGACCACAAUGUACAUGGAGUCAGUCCAGAGGGGUUCCAGUGGUCGGGCUGCAGUGAUAACAUUGCAUAUGGAGUGGCCUUUUCCCAAUCCUUUGUGGAUGUGAGGGAGAGGAGUAAAGGCCAGUCAUCCAGCCGGGCUCUCAUGAACCUGCACAACAACGAGGCUGGCAGGAAGGCCAUUCUGUCCCACAUGCGUGUGGAGUGCAAAUGCCAUGGCGUGUCAGGCUCCUGUGAGGUAAAGACCUGCUGGAAAGCCAUGCCGCCCUUCCGCAAAGUGGGCAAUGUCAUCAAGGAGAAGUUUGACGGUGCCACUGAGGUGGAGCAGCGCAAGGUGGGCACCACCAAAGUCCUGGCACCUCGAAACUCCCAGUUCAAACCUCACACAGACGAAGAUCUGGUCUACCUGGAGCCCAGUCCAGAUUUCUGCGACUAUGACCCACGCACGCCGGGUAUGCUGGGCACGGUGGGCCGCCAGUGUAACCGAACAUCAAAGGCCAUCGACGGCUGCGAGCUGAUGUGCUGUGGCCGCGGCUUCCAGACGCAGGAAGUGGAGGUGGUGGACAGGUGCAGCUGUAAGUUCCACUGGUGCUGUUAUGUCAAAUGCAAACAGUGCCGCAAAAUGGUGGAGAUGCAUACUUGCCGGUGAUGGGAAAGGGGGGGGCACAGAGGGCACUGCUGAUGAACAAAACAAACGCCCCACACUCCUGCUCAAUUACCAUGGCCAAAGGGAGCAAGGAGGACUUGUGAACCUCCCUCUUCUUCUGCUUGAAACACCCCAACCUCCUACUACUGGUCAACGGAAACAGACUGAGUGGCUUAUAAGUCAAAUGUCAUCCUAUUCAUUUUAUGCCACCUUAAUGAAAAUCAGUAGAUUAUGCAUGGGAUUCCCUACAAAGUUACAGAGGCAGUUUGUUUCUUCUCAAGUAGAGAGCAUAUUUUACUUUCUGUCUCCCUCCCUCACUCAUAUUUGCUUUGUCAUUGAUGCUUCUUAUUUUUGUAAUGUUUAACUUAUUUGUUGAGACUGAGGAGAUUAACGGUUGGUGGACCUAGAAGGAGGGGACAGACGAAUGGAGAUAAUUAGGGACAAA